AUGUUUAACAGAAUAGAACAAAUUGAACCCAGUGAUAUACGCAAAGAAAUGGAUACUAUUGAAGAUAAACGUCGAAAGAAUGUACUUGAUAAUCAAAAGUUUCUGAAAAGUCUUCACUUGCUCAAUGUACGCGAUGAUUUAAAAUCGUCGGUAACGUCAGCGGCAAAAGUGGAUAAACCUUCACGGAAGAAAAUUAUCGAACCAUCAGAAAUACGUCGAAGUUCUCGAAUUCGAUCAAUGCCACACGCGCAUUAUAACAGUCAGCCAGUUGAUGAUGAAAAAACUAUUGUCGUAUCAACUGACGAGAGUUCAGAUGAGGAAGAUGAAGAAGAAUUAAUAUCUGCUUUUGCAUCUAAAGUAGAUAAUGACUGGGAACCAGCUCAUCCAGAAAAGCGAGUGGUCAAAAAGCAACCACAUUCGACUCAUCAAGCUGUUAAGCGAAGUGCAGGUGGUGUGAAAAUUUAUCUCCCAAAUACUGGAUUACAAGCAUCAACUAUUACUGGGAAAGAGCGACCACAACGAGCCCGUGUAUUAAAAAAACUGAAUCUUGCUAUUUCUUCCUCUGAAGAUGAAGAAGAAGAAGAAGAAGAAGAAGAGGAUUGA